GUGCCGUGACUGCGGUGCGCACAUGCGCCUUGCGGGAGAGUGUCGAGUCGCGGCCGAUCUGUGCCAGGGACCGGAUAGGAAGAGGGGGAGAUACAAUGUCACUGCAGAGGUGCCAAGCUGAAUGGGAAGAAAUCGACCAAGAGUACCGGCAGUUACAGGAAACUCACAAAGUUUACAGACACAAACUAGAUGAACUCACCAACCUCCAGUCGCUCUGCAGCAACUCUGUUAGCAAGCAGAGGAAAAGUCUGAGGGAGUUGGAGUACAAUCUCCGCAGAUGUUUGAAAACGAGUGACCCAAAGGAGUCUGAGCAGAUAAAAGCCAUACAGACACAAAUCAAAGAGAAGCGACAUGUCUUCUUUGAUAUGGAAGCAUAUUUGCCAAAGAAAAAUGGGUUGUACUUAAACUUGGUCCUGGGCAAUGUGAAUGUAACUUUACUUAGCAACCAAGCAAAAUUUGCCUACAAAGAUGAGUAUGAGAAGUUCAAGCUCUACAUGACCAUCAUCCUUUUGCUUGGAGCCAUAUCCUCCAGGUUUAUACUCAAUUAUCGGGUUACUGAUGAAAUAUUCAACUUCCUGCUCGUCUGGUACUAUUGCACUCUGACGAUCCGGGAGAGUAUUUUAAUAAACAAUGGGUCCAGAAUAAAAGGUUGGUGGGUAUCCCAUCAUUACGUUUCGACGUUCCUGUCAGGUGUGAUGCUGACCUGGCCGGAUGGGGUGGUUUAUCAAAUGUUCCGGAAUCAGUUUCUCGACUUCUCUAUCUAUCAGAGUUUUGUACAGUUUCUGCAGUAUUACUACCAAAGUGGCUGCCUGUAUAGACUACGGGCUUUGGGGGAGCGGAACCAGCUGGACCUGACCGUAGAGGGCUUUCAGUCCUGGAUGUGGAGGGGACUCACUUUCCUCCUGCCCUUCCUCUUCUUCGGCCAUUUCUGGCAGCUCUACAAUGCUGUCUCUCUCUUUGAGCUGGCCAGUCACAAAGACUGCAAGGAGUGGCAGGUACCGAUGCUGGCGCUGACUUUUCUCGUCCUUUUCCUCGGGAACUUUCUGACUACGCUGAAAGUCGUCCAUCAGAAAUUCCAGAAGAAUAAAGGGAAACUGGGGAAGAAUGAGUGAAGCCUGGCUUCACCGAAGGGGCGGUCAUGUGACAAAUGGAGCAGCGUGGAUUGGUUUAAAAAAAUAAUCAUUUUAAGGAGAGGCAGCAGAGAGUGUGUGGGGUCCUUUUCUGGUGCUGUUCAACCGAUAGCCAAGGGAGAGCGCGGAAACAAACACCCGCACACUGCAGUUACGCCGUAGGAAGGGCUGGCUUCUCUUCACGGUUAUUUUUUUAAAUUAUUUGUAUCUCUUCUCUGUUGAUGGCAAGUUGGCUCUUGUUAAUUCAUGUGCACGCACAAGGCCAUAUGGAUCAUAUUGUUGCUGUGUAAGAGUGUGAGUGUGUGUGUGUGUGACAGGAAGGAUGUAUUUUUUUUUUUUGGAAUUAUACAUCCUCAAAGCAUUUGGAUGUGUGACUGAAGACAGAUGUCUGUGCUGUCACAGUGGAGAAUGGCUCUUGGGUGAAUGGUAUGAACAUGUAAGUAGCCGUUCAUUCACCUGCGGCUGCUCUUUGUCCACCAUUUAAAUGGUGAUUUUUGCUGCUCUGGAACUGACAGGACUUUUGCCAGGUUUGGUCCAUAUGCUUAUUUUAUCUGUGUAAUAUGUCACCGGUAGUUAUUUUCUACUCGCACUUAUUCUUAGAUUUGUGGGGUUUUUUUUGUGAUGACAUUUUGGUCAGUAACAUCAGAGAAAGUGAAACUGCUGUCUGCCAUUUUUGGGAUGCGGCCAAUAUGUUAGUAGGUAUUGGGCAAACGGUGUUUAAUAAGGUUGGUUCCUGUUUGACCUUCAUAUGGAGCUGGAUGUUGAAACGGUACAAAAAUGGACUGGCAGUUUGGCUUGAAAUUUUUUUUUUGUUUUGUCUCUCUCUCUCUCUCUCGCUUUACCACCAUGGUGCCCAGUGUCUUGGGUUACAGUUCAGGAUGUUCCCAGCCAAGGGGACCUGGCGCAGAUCAGAGGUUAGAGAGAGCAGCCGCGUCCAUCAUUGCCGUCAUAAGUAACAUUUUGUUCUCAGCUCCUGCUGCAGUUUGGUGCUGCUGCUUAUCUGGGAUUUAAAGGAGACGGUUGUUCCCGGGUCUGUGGAUUCGAUCAUGCACAACCAACCAGACGUACAUGCAGUAUUAAGGCUGAUUUUAUCCCCCUGAGGAGAAUCUUCACCGUUCGGUAGCUGAGUACUGUACGCCGUAACCCGACACCUGCACUGACAUUUCGGGAGGUGUGCAUCUUGCUGCGGAGUUGGGUAUGCAGCUGGGGCACAGAGUCGGCGCUGAAAUAUAAAUCAGCCUUUACAUGGUUAUCAUGUCCUUAUUGACAGAAAUGCACAAUGACUCGAUACCAGAGUUUGUUUGUUUUUUCGUAUGUAACGGACUCCUAAUGAAUUAGGGAGGAUGCAUAGCCCAUAUGGGAUGAGAUUGCUGUGCGAUGAACUUCCCAGUUUAACCUGAUGGGAGGCAGUAGAAUAACCAGGCAAAAUCCCAUCAGUCUCCAGCUGUAGAAAAUUCCCUGGAGUCAGAGUUUGGGUGAUAUUCAACCACUGACUGCUAUUUGGGGGGAAAUGUAUGCAUGAUAUUAUUUUUUAUUUUUUGUUUUAAACAUUGGCUUGUAUGUAACCUGUUCCUAACUGCAUUGAACACCAAGCCCCAUAAAUACCCUCCCUUGCAGCUCUGAGUGACCUAUUACAUGUUAGGUUGAAUUUGAAAGCUCCUGGAUUGAACGCUGUUUAGACCUUCAUCUGUCUGAGCAUAAUUUCUGUAACACCAUGUAAUAGCAUGGCGAUACCGAAUAAAUGUAGGGCUUUUAAUUGCCCUGUGUGAUUUACCAACACGUGAGAAAUAAAACGUUGCUGAAA